AUGCACAGAGACCUGAAGGUGUGUUCUUUGCAAGUGUAUAUUAUUUAAUUUCAUAAGAAAAAGAAGUGCACCAUCAAAUGAUAACAAAGGAGGUUUUGCCGCUCUCUGAUGAGGUCGAUCACGUGUGAACCUCUCCAUAUCUCUGGAGGUUCAUGGAAUGUGUUGAGGUAAUGUGUGUUAAAAUGUAAAAGUAAAAUGCUGUAGCUUUCAUCUCCUUGGACAGGAAGAGUUAGACUCCUUGAGGCAUGGUGAAGUCCUCCAUAUUGGGAAAACGGGGGAACCGAGGUGGGAUGACAUCACCCUCCUUAACAAACGUGACAUCACAUGCGUUUUCCCAAUGGUUAAACACAAAGUCAUGCACCAUGUCUGGCAGAACCUGCUUCAGGCAUUCUCUACCAUGACUCUUCCCAUAGCAUUGGUAGAUGUGGAACUUACAUAUGUCCAUGAGGCUCCUAGGCUGCUGGCACAGGUUCAGCAGCUGGUCCCUCUGGUCGAAGUACUCCGGGAGCAUUAAAGAGCUGGGCAGGUGGCCAUCUCUGUUGCUGAUGGUCAGGGGGUAGGUCAUGGUGAGGAGCUUCCACAGCAGAGAGGUGUGCCUCAGGUUGAGCUUCUGAUCCAGGAACAGGAAGAGGCAGUUUCCCCCUGCGGUGGUCAGCUGGUUGAUGUCGGCUCCAUACUUCAGGAGGAGCUCCACCACGGCCUCGUGGCCCCCGCUACAGGCCUCGUGCAGGGCCGUGCGGCCUGCAUGGUUCACUAUGUUCGGGUCAGCCCCCUGGUCCAGCAGCUCAGUGAUACAGCUCAGGUCCACUCCCAGGGCCUUCACUGGCUUGUUAGCCGCCGCCAGGGCAGCCAGGUGGAGGGGGCUGUUACCCGAAUUAUUCAUCACCUUCAAAGCAAACUAUAUUUAAAAUGUGCACUUCUAAACAUCAGUAUGCUUUCACCGGAAACAUUCCUCAAAGCUUGACAGCAGGAGUUGAAAAUGGGUUAUGUAAAACACAAACAACAAAGAAACUAAAAACCUUGUUAACGUCAGCCCCAAGCUUGAUCAGGCUGGCUGUCAUCUCUGUAUUGAGGAUCCCGGCAGCCAUAUGCAGGGGCAUCAUCCCAAAGUGGUCGAUGGUGUUGAUUCUGGCGCCGUGGCUCGCCAGGAUGCUGAUAGCGGGCAGCGCUCUGUAGCGAACGGCCAGGUGAAGCGCGGUGUGGCGGCCGUCACUCUCCACCUAGAAUUUUGUAUUUGUAUUUAUUAUGGAUCCCAUCAGCUACUCUUCCUGGGGUCCGGCAAAAUUAAGGCAGUUAUACAAUUUUAAAAACGUUACCAUACAUUCAUUACAGAAUUCACAACACACUAAGUGUGUGCCCUCAGGCCCAUACUCCACUACCACAUAUCUACAACACAAAAUCCAUGUGUACGUGUGUGUAUAGUGUGUAUGUUAUCGUGUGUCUGUGCCUAUGUUUGUGUUGCUUCACAGUCCCUGCUGUUGCAUAAGGUGUAUUCUUAUCUGUUUUGUAAAAUCUGAUUCUACUGCUUGCAUCAGUUACCUGAUGUGGAAUAGAGUUCCAUGUAGUCAUGGCUCUAUGUAGUACUGUGCGCCUCCCAUAGUCUGUUCUGGACUUAUGCAUGGGUGUCUGAGCUCUGUGGGGUAUGCAUGGGUGUCUGAGCUGUGUACUAGUCGUUUAAACAGACAGCUCGCUGCUUUCAACAUGUCAAUACCUCUCUUAAAUACAAGUAGUGAUGAAGUCACUCUCCUCUACUUUGAGCCAGGAGAGAUUGACAUGCAUAUUAUUAAUGUUUGCUCUCUGUGUACAUCCAAGGGCCAGCCGUGCUGCCCUGUUCUGAGCCAAUUGCAAUUUUCCUAAGACCCUUGGUUGAGCUACCCUUACCUUGUUGUUGCCAGGGUAGUAUUUUCUCCUGUGCCUAUGUAUUAUUGAAUUCUACCGCUACAGUGUAUUUGCCAGGGAUGAGAGUUUCCCCUGUGCCUGUUUCGUUGAUCGCUAUUUGAGCGCAUUUGUGUGUCAACGAAGGAUUAAACGCUGUGUUCGGUGAUUACCCUCCUGCGCCUGACUCCUUUCAUCACACUCAUCACAGCGUGCUGAAAGUCUGUUGUCAAUUUGUUUACUGUAAAAUACUGUAAAAUAGCAUUGCAUCUGGUCAAACACAAUUGUUUCCAAAACUUUAUUAAGGGUUGGUAACAGGCUGAUUGGUCGGCUAUUUGAGCCAGUAAAGGGGGCUUUACUAUUCUUAGGUUGCGGAAUGACUUUUGCUUCCCUCCAGGCCUGAGGGCACACACUUUCCUGUAGGCUUAGAUUGAAGAUAUGGCAAAUAGGAGUGGCAAUAUCGUCCGCUAUUAUCCUCAGUAAUUUUCCAUCCAAGUUGUCAGGCCCCGGUGGCUUGUCAUUGUUGAUAGACAACAAUAAUUUUUCACCUCUUCCACACUCACUUUACGGAAUUCAAAAUACAAUUAGAUAUACUUGGAUGUGUAGUGUCAGCGUUUGUUGCUAGCAUGUCAUGCCUAAGUUUGCUAAUCUUGCAAAUGAAAAAAUCAUUAAAGUAGUUGGCAAUAUCAGUCGGUUUUGUAAUGAAUGAGCCAUCUGAUUCAAUGAAUGAUGGAGCUGAGUUUGCCUUUUUUCCCAAAAUGUAAUUGAAGGUGCUCCAAAGCUUUUUACUAUCAUUCUUUAUAUCAUUUAUCUUUGUUUCAUAGUGUAGUUUCUCCUUCUUUUUAUUCAGUUUAGUCACAUUACUUUCUCAAUUUGCAGUACACUUGCCAAUAUUUUGCUUCAUCCCUCUCAACCAUACAAUUUUUCAAGAACACAAUCAAUGGAAAAAAUAUGUUGAUCGUGUUUAUCGGGGGGGCUUGGCUUAUGGGAAUUCCCAUUGAAAAGGACCCCUGAGCACCAACAUGUGAAGUUCAUAGGAACAUAUCAAAAUGGGUGUCAAAUGAAAGCUGAGUCUAUAGUUUUGGGAAAUGAAAAACAUUUUCAACCAUUUUCCAUCUUAAAAAUUAGGCAUAAGUAAAAGCUUUGAUUUCUUAGAAAACAUCUACCAGAAAAAGUCUUAAAAGUUAUCAACAAUACAUCAAAAUACAAUAAUGUUGCCGUAAAGAAGACCCCUGCCAACUAAUAUCAACACUUUCAUAUUUCGUUUUGGAGAAAUUGUAUACCUUCUGUAAGUUUAAGAAAUAUUGCCUUGUUACCAAAAGCUCACAUAUCUUUAAAAUAUUUUCUAAUUUCUCGCCCUCAUGAGGAGGGAGGAUAAUGAAAGUAAACAAAAGUAACAAGUAAUGGUAGACCUACCAAUUAGUUAUAGUGAUUUUACUUAUAUCAAUUUUGUUUAUGAAUUAUUAAAUCAUUCAAAACCAAAAAAAUCUGUAACGGAUUUACUGCAAUUGAAUUGGCUACAAUCGGAAAUCAUAACAGUCACAAACCACAGUUGGGUCACAUGCUACUGUCCUCCCUUCCAGUGGCAUACUAUUAUGUUCUUUGUCUUUCUGUUGUCUGUUGGUCAAACCAAGAUUGUUAAAACAGUCUGAGUCUGGACAACCCCUCCCUCUCUCUCUCUCUCUCUCUCUCUCUCUCUCUCUCUCUCUCUCUCUCUCUCUCUCUCUCUCUCUAUCUCUCUCUCUCUCUCUCUCUCUUUCUCUCUGCCUCUCUUCUCUCACUCUCCAGUUAAUGUCACCUCUCCCAGCUCUUACUGACACCUACCCAUGAGCCCCCUCUCUUCAUUUACUGUAACCAGCAUCCUCACCCCUGAGCACCGGCCAACUCCGGACAUCCAUGGAUGUUGGAAAGUAGUUGAAAUUUGGUCAGUCCACCAUGGCCUUGAUGUUAACGUCCACAGGCGGACCGGACUGGACCAAAUCUGAACCUAUCAUAGACGUAUGUUUCACAAGUUUGGAUAGCAUAGUACAUUGAGUACAAUACAGUAAAGAAAAGUAGAGUAUAUUGUACUGUACUCUACUAUAAUUUACUGUACUGUAUCCUACUUUGUAUUGUACUCUUCUGUGCUCUGUGAUGUCCAAAGUCUCCAAACUUAUGAACAUGAGGGGAAUGACAUUCUGUUAAUGUAAUUCCAUUACCGGGUGUAAAUUAUUAUUUCAUUUAACAACGCAAGUCAGUUAACAACAAAUUCUUAUUUACAAUGACGGCCUACCCCGGGACAAUUGUGCGCCACCCUAUGGGACUCCAAAUCACAGCCAGGUUGUGAUACAGCCUGGAAUCGAACAAGGGUCUUUAGUGACGCCUCUAGCACUGAGAUGCAGUGCCUUAGACCGCUGCGCCACUUGGGAGUCCACUUCACUUAGCGUAGUUCAAUAACCAAAAUAAUGUUUUUCUAACUGUCAUAGCUGACACCCUGUUCUUUCAGCAGACAUCUUUGAAUCUUAAUUCAGAGCAGAUAUUUAAUACUUUUUGGAGGAGAUUUUAAAGUAAUUCUAAAGUAAUUCUGCACAGUUAUUCCACUAAAUUUGUUUUUGUAAACUAAGUGCAUAGAGUUGUAUGGUUUGUUUAACUUUGAAAUUAAUGGUUUUUGUUUGGCAUACAUUUAAAAGUGAAAAAACAGAGUCAAAGCGUAAUUCCGUUACAGUGGAAUUGCCCUUAUGCUAUUUGAGAAAUAAUCCUGAAUGUAUAAUUGUUUUACUUUUAGAUUCUCCCUGACUGUCUAGCUUUGAUUUGGGUGAUUGUUAGUUCUCAAAGAUGAUCUUAUUUAAAAAAUAUGUAGGUCCAUUAUAUUUUCUACAUACUUUAUCUGGUUUUAGUCGUUUAAGUCUACACUGAAAAAGUUUUUCAGUUUUUCCAUCCACAAAAACAUUUUUUCUUUUUUCUUUUUUCUUUACUCUUUGGACCACCCAAUACUUUUCUAUGCAGAAAAAAACCUUUUUAUGACUUCUGGCUUAAUUCCACUCGGCUGCGUUUAGACAGGCAGCCCAAUUCUGAUCUUCUUUUUCACUAACUGUAACUGGUCUUUUGACAAAUCAGAUCAGCUCUGAAUAAGAUCUAAUGUGAAAAGAUCUGAUGUGAUUUGGUCAAAAGACCAGUUAGAGGAAGAAAAUAUCAGAAUUGGGCUGCGUGUGUAAACGCACAGACCUUGGAUCAUCUUGAACCCUUGGGUGGAAUUGCAAAACUGACAAUAAGAUCAGCAUCUCUACAGGCAACUCAUCAUGCUUUGUGUUUACCCUUGAUAAUUGGGUAAGUGUAUGCAUUAUUUUUUCAACAUAGUGAUAGAAGUAUCUUCAAAUGAUCAAUUACCCAAUCAACCAAUCAAUUACCUCUGCGUUGAUGUUGACUCCGUGGCUGCAGAGCACCCUGAGGCAGGCCUCGGCCCGGUGCUGCAUGGACAUCAUGGCCGUCUCAAACUUGGUACGUGGCUUGGACCAGGAGGCCAGGAUGGUGGGCCAGUGGGUGAUCACCAGGUGCAGGGCGUUGUGGCCUCGCUGGUCCCUGGAGGUCGCAAGGAGGAGGUUAUGGGGGAAAUGGUCAUGUUAGAAUGGUUUUGUUUUACUGGUGGUGAUUUGUUUUCCACAUAAAAGGAGAUUACUUCCAAAUACUGGCAUUACUCAUAGAGCUUUUUUAAUGUUUUAGGACAUUUGGAAUGGUCAUGCUGGAGUUUAGGGGUGUAGCUCAAUAGUCUAAUGUUGCUUAGUUAUACAGAGCAGCACCAUCGCUCUAAAGCGCUAAUAUGGUCAUACCUUUUCAGUGUAUUACUUAAACCAGUGGAACCUGUUGAUAUAGGCUUACCUGAUCUCCGGGUCUGCCCCGGCAGACAGAAGGCUCUCAAGGCUCUUCACUCUCCUGUAAGAUGCAGCCAGGUGGAGGGGGAGAAUUGCCAAGCCCUGUAGGCAAUGAGCGAGAGAGAACUUGUUGAAAGACAUGUUAGGAAUGCUAAAUGUAUGUUACAUGCAGGGCUGGAUUACCGAAUUACCCUCUGGAGGUCGGGGGCCCCCAGAUAGCAUAUGAACACGUCAUAAACAAUGGCAAAAUGUGUAUAAAUGCAGGAAUUUAGCUUUAAAACUGCACAAUUUUCUCUCCACCUCAUGGCGAAAUGUGUAGAAUUGCAGGAAAUUUGCUUUAAAACUGCACAAUUUUCUCUCAUUGUCAUGGAAAAAUUUGAAAAAUAGCAUAAGCUAUAAAACAGCACCUUUUCUCUCUGUCCCAUGGCAAAAUGUGUAGAAUUGCAGAAUUGUUGCUUUAAAACUGCAAAAGUAUCUCUCAGCCUCAUAACAACAUUUGUAGAAUAGCAUAAAACUUAACAUUUUUCUCUAUGCCUCAUGGUAAAAUCAAAUAAAAUGUUAUUUGCCACAUGCGCCGAAUACAACAGGUGUAGACAUUACAGUGAAAUGCUUACUUACAAGCCCUUAACCAACAAUGCAGUUUAAGAAAAAAAUAAAAAAUAGCAAAUAAUUAAAGAGCAGCAGUAAAAUAAAAUAACAGUAGGGAGGUUAUAUACAGGGGUACAGAGUCAAUGUGCGGGGGCACCGGUUAGUCGAGGUAAUUGAGGUAAUAUGUACAUGUGGGUAGAGUUAAAGUGACUAUGCAUAAAUAAUAAACAGAGUAGCAGCAGCGUAAAAGAGGUUGCGGUGGGGUGGGGGGGCAAUGCAAAUAGUCCAGGUAGCCAUGAUUAGCUGUUCACGAGUCUUAUGGCUUGGGGGUAGAAGCUGUUAAGAAGCCUUUUGGACCUAGACUUGGCGCUCCGGUACCGCUUGCCAUGUGGUAGCAGAGAGAACAGUCUAUGGCUAGGGUGGCUGGAGUCUUUGAUAAUUAUUAGGGCCUUCCUCUUACACCGCCUGGUAUAGAGGUCCUGGAUGGCAGGAAGCUUGGCCCCAGUGAUGUACUGGGCCGUACACAUUACCCUCUGUAGUGCCUUGCGGUCGGAGGCCGAGCAGUUGCCAUACCAGGCGGUGAUGCAACCAGUCAGGAUGCUCUCGAUGGUGCAGCUGUAUAACUUUUUGAGGAUCUGAGGACCCAUGCCAAAUCUUUUCAGUCUCCUGAGGGGGAAUAGGCUUUGUCGUGCCCUCUACACGACUGUCUUGGUGUGUUUGGACCAUGAUAGUUUGUUGGAGAUGUGGACACCAAGGAACUUGAAGCUCUCAGCCUGUUCCACUACAGCCCCGCCGAUGAGAAUGGGGGCGUGCUCAGUCCUAUUUUUUUCCCUGUAGUCCACAAUCAUCUCCUUUGUCUUGAUCACGUUGAGGGAGAGGUUGUUGUCCUGGCACCACACGGCCAGGUCUCUGAACUCCUCUCUAUAGGCUGUCUCAUCAUUGUCGGUGAUCAGGCCUACCACUGUUGUGUCAUCGGCAAACUUAAUGAUGGUGUUGGAGUCGUGCCUGGCCAUUCAGUCAUGGGUGAACAGGGAGUACAGGAGGGGACUGAGCACGCACCCCUGAGGGGCCCCCGUGUUGAGGAUCAGCAUGGCAGAUGUGUUGUUACCUACCCUUACCACCUGGGGAAGGCCCGUCAGGAAGUCCAGGAUAAAGUUGCAGAGGGAGGUGUUUCGUCCCAGGGUCCUUAGCUUAGUGAAUGUGUUGGAAUGCAUGAAGUUUGCUGUUCCCUAACUUGUUAUGUAUUGUAUUUUAUGUAUGUUGUAUGCAAAAGAGAUUUUGCAAUGGAUAUUUCAACUUCAACUUAAAGUUUUUUAAAUGAGGCGAAGCAAGAGGGAUAGCUGGGCCCAAAAUCUGUACUCUCUAGCAGGUGGCGUUUUUUCCCAUUUUUUUCGCUCACCAAGCAAGGAGUUUUUUUGUAUGGAGGUCAAUGAGAGUGUUGAAUUUAGUAAACAAAAAAUGGCUUAUUUUCUAUGUGAAUUUGGUAAACAAAAAAUGGCUUUUUUGCUAUGUGUGGGUUAUUUGAUCGAAUAUAAGUUACGUAAUGCUUAGCUUGUUAUGAGUGUACUGAUAUAAGUAGGACACUUGACAUCCUGGCAAUGUUUAGAAAAACACUUUAUAUUGGUGUUGUGCCUGUUGUUCACACGCGGAUCUGCCCUCUCAUUGGCUAGAAUGGCCCCACUUGAGUAUCUAGUCAAUAUAAUGGAUAAUCUGUGAGUAAACUAAAUGACGUGGCUAUUAUGCAUCAAUUAUGCUCAAUGGUUUUGGAGGUCUGGGAGGUUUUGGUUAAUAACUCCAAAUUGCAGCAAAUCUUUUGUACCAUACCGUUAGAGAAUAACAUGUCUGAAGUUUUUAUUGUGGGUUACCUUUGAAAGGAUUUAAUGAAGAAGGCCCGUGGUUCUUAAAUCGAUGUAAAAGUUGGACCCCCGUUUUUGGGUAAAAUCGUCAAUACGCGACAGGUCUUCUAUCAAGAUCGCAUUGUAUAAUUCAGCAUCUGUAAAGUUGACGUUCGUAUCCAUACCCCAUAGGUAGAAGAUCAAGUCCUACUAAAGUGUGCGUUUGCUUUGCUCUACAUUAUUGAAAACUUGCAAGUUGUAAGGCUCUUUGUAAAUGUCAGUUAUUGUGAAAUUCUGGUUUUCAGCCUCAGCAGCCUCGGAGCAAACAAUAAAUUACAGCGCUGUGCUCUGUCAGUGCUCUGAUGUUUUUUCUCAAGAAGGCAAGAAUAAGCACGUUUGGAAACGUCAUCAUUCUUCAUCGCUGGUGACACCUGUCAAUAUUGGUAUGAUUUUGGUGCCUCUCCUAUGGCUGAUUGCGCUGACGAAAAUAGCAACCCAUAUGUUCUAUUACACUUAGUUAGGCAUAUCCUACCUGAGCUAUAUUAUGUUAAUAAUAAUGACUUUAUUUGUAAAGUGCUUUUUAAACAACGCAUAGACGGACCAUAUAUUCUUACUGCAGCUGAUAGUUAUUCCCUGUGACCGAUUUAGAACUUUAUGAGGGUCCUAUAUAUUUAGGCUAGCGAAAAUGACAUGUUUUUAAACACUUACCUGUCUUUGAAGUGUAGAAAAAACAGUACAGUAUUUCCAAAUCUGAACAGGCUCGUUGACAGGGUGCGAUCUUAAAAGCUUGAUAAUACUAGGCACAUCUCCUUUGACUAUUGCUUCAUGAAUUUUAAACUGCAAAUGAUCAAAUUCACCGGGGACUCCAUCGCUGAAUCUGAUUUUCUUAUUAAGCUGUAGUUUAUAAUGCAUGCAAUAGGGACUAAGGCAUGGUUUGUUACUAAUAUUACCCAUUUUAAAUCAAAAAGAAUAGUUAAACAAUAUACUAAAGCAGUAACAUGUGGCCUAGAGGUAAUGACAAAAUAGAAUUACGCAUUUUAUAGUAGAAUUAUUUUAGAAUAUUCUAUAGCAUUAUGACCUCACACUCAACAUACAAAUGGAAUAUUAUGUGAAUGUUUUACAUUUUGUAUGCUUUUGUUUCAUUUUGUUUUACAGCCCAGGAAUAUUUUCCUGCAUGGACAAGACUGCCAUGUGAGGAUUAGAGACUUUGGACUGGCUUGCAGGGACAUAAUAAUGAAUGACAAGGAAAAGCCACCCUCCACCUCACAGAACACUGGUGAAAAACUGAUUGAAUCUCUUUUUCUAAUCUUUCUCUAUCACCACAAGCUCAAUCGUUGUUAAAGUUGUUAAAAUAUAUAUGUAAACAUUUAACAUCUCAGAGAUGUAUACAAUGUAUCAAAUCAAAGUAGAUACAUUGUACACUUCUGUCCAUGUGUAAUUCUUGAAAUCACCAGUAGAUGGUACUAUGGGUUUGUGCAACCAUAUCACUUUUAUGGCAUAGCGCUGAACUUGACCCACACAUUUCCCCUGGCUGGCUCUGGUCCUGUGUGUAUUCUUGACACGCUUGUAAUCUUUCUGCAGGUUCCUCUCACACCACUGGAGUGGGGACAUUUGUUUACACCGCACCUGAACAACUGGAGGGUUCCCACUAUGAUUCAAGGGUAAGUCAUCUCCAUAAUGUCAGAAAUGUUUGACACACAAAAAUUACUGGGCACAAUCAGUGUGAUUUUUCUACAUAAAACAAUUUUUUAUUGAAUUAUAAUGAUGAUAAUAUAACGUUUUUAUUUAUAAAGUAAUUGAUACACAGUAAAUACAAAUAUUUUUAUAAUUAUGCUUUUUCUUCUCCUCUGCAGUCAGACAUGUACAGUAAAGGAGUGGUGGCCCAGGAGCUGUUCCAGCCCUUUGGGACAGAGAUGGAGCAUGUUCAGACACUAGGGGACCUCCGUGAGGGGAAGGUCCCAGACUCCUUCUCCCAAAGCUGGCCUGUCCUGGCCAAGUACAUCAUACUGAUGACCAGCAGAGACCCCACUCUACAACCCAGCACCACACAGCUGCUGCAGAGCGAG